GAUGUUCAGACUCUGCACUCGGAUCACGGCUGAUGGUCGCGGUACAUGUGCUAUUUCCGUCGCGCUUAAUUAUUAUUAUUAUUAUUUCACAUAAACGUCGUUUUCGAAUUUGAGUAUAAUAUUUUUAUUUUUGGUUUAUAAGUAUUAUAUUUUUUAAUAAUAACGUCCGCGAAUGUGUCUGUGCGUUUUUACCUAUCGCUUCGUCCGGAUUUUUAUAUAAUAUUUUUAAAUAGUAUUAUUGUUGUGUAUUUUUUUUUUUAUUCUCCAGUGUUGUUGACGCGGUAAAACUAUAAUUUUUGUUUUUGUUUUUCAAAUAAAAAAUCCUACCCCGGUGUGUAUAUUUCGCGUGGUGUUUGUGUACCCGGUUAUAAGCUACUCGAGGAGAUAUUAUUACCUAUUAUCGUUUUUUAAACUGCGGAUUAAGUGCGCUGCCGGAUAGUUUCCCUGGAUCAUUGGAACGCGCAUACCCGUCGGACUAUUUUGACUCGUACAUGCCCGCCGAGCAUCACCGGUGACAUUGUGUAUGGCCGUUAAGCGGCCAGCGGCGUCCAGCCGUUCGGGUCUGCACCUGCACCGCGUUUGGUAUGCCUGACAAGGAGACCAUGCUGUACCCGAACCCAUUCGACUAUUCGGUCGGGUUGUCCCUGCAGUUCCCGUUGUCCGCAGCGCCGCCACCGCCGCCGGACGCCAGAGGAUCUUGCAUAUGGAACCCCAGCCUGAUACCGCCGGCCACGUCCAGCCCGUCCACGUCCACCAUGGGCGCUUUCCACCAACCGAUACCACACAGCCUGGUCGGAAGCUGCGGUGUCGGCGGGUCAGGUGACUUGAUAUCGAGGCGGGGGGCGGGUGGCGUUUUACCGCCACAUCAUCCGCACCCCCACCCCGCUGACUUCCCGCAUCCACUUCGCUUCAACUGCAUGGAUAUUUGCUCGUCAUUCGCCACAGUCGGUUCCCUGAGUUCGGGCUUGUGCAGUCCGCUGGCGCAGAGCUUUUCUCGGCAGGGCAAAAAGCGGGCACUGUCCGUUUCACCGUCGCCGGACUUGGAGCUCCAUGGCCGAAUCAGGUCUUCGCCGAGUGCGCUUUACUCGGCGGCCGCAGCAUACGGAGCUUCCUGCUCGAGGAGCUCCAGUACGUCGGGAUCUUACGGUCAUCUAAACCCACUGGCGUUCACUAUGCAACAUCACCCGUCUGUGAUAUCGCCGCAAGUCCAACAGUUGCUGCGGUCAGCUAGCGGUCUUCACUUACCGUGGCAUAACGCCACCUCGGUACCGUCGUCUGCUCAUCAUGCUUCGUACAAUAUACACAUGUUACCAGUGCCAUCGCAGGACGGUUCCCAAACGUUGGCCAACGACAUGUGUAAGAUCAAGCAUGAACGCUCAAAGUCAAAGCAGGGGUCGGCAUCGAAAAAGUCGUCGCAAAAAAUAUCGGAAGACUCUAAGCAAAAUUCGCCAGAGUCAAUCUGUGACUUAAAAGGCGAACCGGAUUUCAUAGAAACCAACUGCCAUUGGAAACACUGUAGUUUGGAGUUUCAGACCCAGGCUGUUCUAGUUCAGCACAUAGUUAACGAUCAUAUUCAGGCGAACAAAAAAUCGUUUGUGUGCCAAUGGCAAGAUUGCUCCAGAGACGAGAAGCCGUUUAAAGCCCAAUACAUGCUUGUGGUUCACAUGAGAAGACAUACGGGGGAGAAGCCUCACAAAUGCACGUUUGAAAACUGCACAAAAGCUUACUCGAGGUUGGAAAACCUUAAAACUCAUCUCAGAUCUCAUACAGGUGAAAAACCUUACACCUGUGAACACCCUGGCUGCAGUAAAGCUUUCAGCAAUGCUUCGGACAGAGCAAAGCACCAAAACCGAACACACUCUAGUGAGAAACCUUACAUCUGCAAGGCUCCGGGUUGUACCAAGCGAUACACGGAUCCUAGUUCCUUGCGAAAACACGUGAAGACCGUUCACGGGGCCGACUUUUAUGCUCAUAAACGGCACAAAGGCAAUGGAGAUAAUAGUCGUGGAGGAGGCAGUGGCGGCGGAGGUGGCACAAGUGCUGGUGCUGAUGAUGCGUCGCCGUAUAGAAGUGAUGAAAUGCCAAUGAGUGCCAAAACUGUUAGUGUAUCUAGUCCGAGCAUUAAAUCGGAGGAAACUAAUUCUCCGGGUCAGCAACCCAGUCCUAUGAGCGUCCCGUACAAUAAUAGGAUGUUCCACGACGAGCCAAUUAGCGAUAGCAAUCAUAGUGCAGAUGCCUUAGACGAUAAUUGGGUCGAAGACGGACAGGAAGCUGAUCUGUUCGACCUUAUGCCGAUGCAAUCCGAAGUCGGAAUGGUAACAUCGGCGCCAAUGGUACGAAGAAUGCGCCGAUAUGUGCCGCACGCUGGACUGAAGCAUGCAGUCAAUGAGUUAUCUCCAAUGCCGGACUUGAGUCCCGGACAUGGCGGGGGUUCAGGAAUCCAAGAGCUGAACAAACGAUUGACUGACAUGAAAAUGGCAUCGAACCAAGAUACUAUACGAAGGGAAAGCACAUUUAGUAAUUACUGGAGCAUGAAGUCUGAUCAUAGUCGCAGAAACAGUCAGGUACCAUCUGAACAUCAUAGGUUAAGCAACGCCUCAUCUCUGUACGAUCCAAUUUCUGUGGAUUAUUCCCCUAGUCAAGCAAAUACAGCUAUUGGCCCCGAUCUCGAUGCUUUUCCCGCAAGUGAAGAAUGUAGGCAAAUGCCAGAAAGUGCCAAGAUGUCCAGACCGCAAACACACCAAUCGCCCGCUGUGCAUCAUCCAAAUUCCAAUAUUAACUUGGACGAGGUGGGCGAAGGCGAAUCGCUGGAAAGCAAAAUGGUAUUACCAGACGAUUUCGACGACGUCAUUAAAGACAUGAUAAUUGGCGAAAAAAUCGACAACUACGAUCUCAUCGACGAACUGACUGAAUCCGCGUUGGAGAACAUUCCUGCGUUGACGCCGCCCAUAAUCGCAGAAAAUGCAAAUUUGGGUAGUCCGCAAGUGCUGGCCAACCCAAGGCCCGUCCCGAAUCCUCCGCCGCCCAACGAUAGGCCCAAAGUGGCCAACAACAGUCAUCGUAACAUGCGCAGCAACAGUCUGCCGGUCAAUUGGCAAGGGCAAGGACAAACUCAAGGCUUGCCCAGAUCGACGUACCACCCGAAUCAGUUCCAAAAUCAAAGAGUUUAUCAAACGAACGCGCCUCUGCAGCAGAACAACAACAACGGUGCCAACAACAACAACAACAACAACAUCAACGCAGCGAAUAACAACAACAACAACAUAAACUGCGCCCCCGCCAUGCAGCAGAGACAAAACGGCGGUCGAUAUUCGUACUCGUCCAACCAGGACUUUGCCAACUACAACCACAACUACGCGAAUUUCAGACAGAACCACAUGCAAUAUCAAAUGAAAACCAACAGCCAGCAGCAGCACUACAGGAACAAUCAGUUCCACGAACACAGCAACGGCGGUUACUACAACGGUCAAGACGCCUACCAGCGGAACAACAACGACGGUCAACAAGCCAAUCCGAACGUGGCUCACGGCAUGAACUACAACAACGGCGGUUACUACAACAACAGUGGCUGCAGCAACCAGCAGUGCAGUCAACAACAGCAAUGCAGCAAUCAACAUUACUACAACAACGGUUACCCGAACAACAACGGCGGUAACAGCAAAUUCGGCGGAACCUACUCCACCAGACCGAACAACAUGAACCCGCAGGAACAACAGUACUAUAUGGACCUGGACAGGAAGCCGGAAAGCGAGGCGAGACCUAUGGAAGCAACCCCCUCGUUCCCGUCGCCGGCUCAAGGAUUCGACAGCAGCAACAACAUGGUGUUGAAAGACAUGUCCACUUCGCUGAGUUCGUUGUACGACGAGAACACGUUCUUCCAGAUGUCGACCGUGUAUUCGGAAUCAUGAGUUUUAUAUUAUUAUUUUUAUUAUUCUCGUGUGUAAAUUAAAACUAUAGUUACCACUCGGAUUUAGUGUGCGUCGUGUCGAUCGUUUCUUUUUUUUUUUGUAUUUGUAUAAUAUGCCAAGAUCGUGUAUGUAAUAGUGUAUAAUGUCAUUGAAAGAUUGCAUAUUAAGUUUCAAAGACAAAAUAGUUUAAAAGUUGAGAGCAUUCUAUUAUUUUUCUUGUAAAAAAAAAAAAAUUAAAACUUUACAGGAGUUGAAGAAUAGUUUUUUUUUUGUAUAUUGAACGUGUUAAAAUUUAUAAUUU